AUGCACCUCUACCCCGCCGUUGCUAUGAUUGGGCAUGUUCUUAUAGCCCUUCUCCUUACCGGCUCGGCCACGGCCGAAAUCAGCGAGCCGCUUCUCGAACUGAGAGAAAACGCCAAAAAAUGUUUCGACAGUUCCAAGUGGAAAUCUUGGUGGACUAUCGAAAACUUUGAAUACGAUGCAUCGUAUACCUCUGUGACGACCAAAUAUCAUAACGAAUUCUGUUACGUCAAGUUUUCUCUCACCCAUCCGAAAGUUGACUACAAGGCCCAGUGCUCGGCCCAGCUCGGUGAGGGGUAUUUCUCGACCUCGCGCAGGGAGUUUGACGAUUUUAUUGCCGGUGGUACUGACUAUUCAUGCCACCUUCCCAACAAGCGCGACAGAGCGUCUUUUCGCUUCAACGCUUCGUCUAGCGAGCUUCGGAUUUCCACCCGCUGGAGCUGCCCUGGAACGAUGAGCAAGCACUCUUUCCGUGCAACUGGGACGGUUAAACUUAACUGCACCAACAACGUCGGGCGCAGCCAAGAUCAGAAAACCGGCGAGGCUCUCUCAAGUCAACAAAUCACCUGUUCUCAUGACGUUCAGGUCGUGAGUACGGCAGGACAGGCGGCCGAUUCCCAACAGUCGAAACGGCAGAACAUCCUCAAGCCCGAGCGCAACGGGCAACGACCUCGGCUCACCAACCGCGUCCUUUCACGGACCGUCGGUUGGCAACUGACGAUGGAUCGCCCUCGGAAGCGCGAGCUCGCAGACGAGCCCGAGUGUGACGACUCCCUCAGCCCUCGGUCGAGGCUCUGUAGCCCAGCUCGGAAGCAGCAGAGACGCGAGGGCAAGGCAUUCCCUUCACCCUGGCAGCUGACCUGGAUUCGCGACCUCCCGGAAGAGCUCAACCGAGACGCCGUCUCGUUGAAAGACCUUCUCGGCGAUCCCCUCAUCCGCGAGUGCUGGAACUUCAACUACCUUCACGACAUACCCUUUCUCAUGGAGGCAUUCGACGCCGACACCCGACAUGCCGUCCAGGUGCACGUCGUCCACGGCUUUUGGCAACGGGAGGACCCCCGGAGACUCGCGCUAUCGGUAGGCAGCCCUCCUCUCCCCGGCCAGUCCCAGCCCCUCGUUCCGCCGUCGAGGUGCAUGAUGGUGCGGGUGCAGGUCCACCAAGGCGCGUCCGAGUUUAGCAACGUUCACCUGCACGUGGCCCCGAUGCCCGAAAUGUUCGGGACGCACCACUCAAAGAUGAUGAUCUUGUUUCGCCGCGAUGACAGCGCUCAAGUCGUCAUCCACACCGCCAACAUGAUCUCCAAGGAUUGGACAAACAUGACAAACGCCGUCUGGCGAUCGCCUCUGCUCCCGAAGCUGACGCCGCCGGGUAGUUCGAACCAGGGCUCCCCUUCCGGAGAGCAUGGGUCCGGGGGCAAGUUCAAGUCGGACUUGCUCGGGUACCUUCGAAAGUACGAUCGUCGCACAGUGACAUGCAGACCGCUCGCGGAUGAGCUUGCCCGAUUCGACUUCUCCGCCAUCAGGGCGGCGUUGAUCGCAAGCGCACCCGGACGACACAGUGCCGACGACGUGUCCGAGAUGGCGCUGGGGUGGGCGGCGCUUCGAAGAUGUCUUCGCUCCGUGCCGUGCACCAAAACCGACGGCAAGACCAAAGGCUCGUCCGAGAUUGUUGUCCAAGUAUCGUCCAUAGCGACCCUCGGCGCCAAGGAUGACUGGCUGCAGAAGACGCUGUUCGAGUCGCUCGCGACAUGCAGCCAGAAGGGCUCGACGAGGCCCAGAUUCAAGGUUGUGUUUCCCACGGCCGACGAGAUUCGACGGUCACUGGACGGUUACGCAUCCGGCGCUUCGAUCCAUACCAAGAUUCAAUCUCAGCAACAAGCCAAGCAGCUACAGUACCUGCGGCCCCUGCUUCACCACUGGGCAAAUGACAGCGAGCACGGCAUGGACAUGGGUGGUGGGAAAGAACGGAAUGACGGGCGGUCAUCGCAGGAGAGCACGGCGGCGGAUGCAUGCCGAAAGCGGGCAAGCCCGCAUAUCAAGACGUACAUACGGUACAACAGCCAGGGCUUGGUUGAUUGGGCCUUGCUCACGUCGGCCAAUUUAUCGAAGCAGGCCUGGGGCGAGGCGGCCAAGGGUUCGGGCGAGAUGCGGAUCGCGUCGUGGGAGAUUGGCGUGCUGGUAUGGCCGGGGUUGUACGGAGAGGAGGGCGUGAUGGUGGGCACGUUCUCGUCCGACAGGCCGGCCGAAUCAGAGGAUGGCAAGGCCGUGGUCGGCGUCCGGGUGCCGUACGGCAUACCGCUUCAACGAUACGGCCCAGACGAGGUGCCCUGGGUGGCGACGAUGGACCAUGGCAAACCCGAUCGCUGGGGUCGCACUUGGGAGGCGUGA